ACAUUGUCCCCAGAAGAGAUGCAUGUCGGCGAGCAAAGGAUAGCUGCCGCAGCAUUACGGCGACAUGCAUGUAUGAUGCCUGCAAGCCGUGGCCAGGCAACGCCACGUCGCCAACAGCAGCACCACCCGCACGGCAACCUCGCCCAUCGCUGCCCAAGCCGCCAUGGAGGACAGUGACAGCAUCCAGACGACAGACGCAGAGGCGAUUCUCCAGCGUCGCCAGCGCAUCCUCGCCGAAAUGUCACGCGAAACACAGCUGACGGCUGAACUUGUCGACAACGAGCGCAUAGUGUGGGAGCGUGACCACAGCGAGCAGCUGGCGCAGCUGGCGCAGCGCAGACGCUCGGUUGCAGCGCGCAAGCAGAGUCUCGAGCGGCACGAGUGGGAGGUGCAGCAACGCGAGCAAGAGCUGGAGCGCCUCGGCCGCGUGCUGUCGGUGCGCCAGGAACGCCUGCGCAGGGAAGAAAGCCAAGCCAGGCUCGCUACGGAGACGACUCGUGGGCGGGAGGCGGAGUGGGAGAUGGCGGUCAGGCAACAGGAGCAACUUCUGGAGCGACGUGAGGCCGACUUGCGGCAGAAGCUGCAGGAUUUGCAGGCCUGGUACGCGCAGCGCGACGCCGAGCUGCGGGAUCGAGAGAGCGUUCUUGAAGCUGGUCGAGCUGUGCUACGGGCACAAGAGAGCGUCCGGUCUGAAGCAGUCGAUGGCGUGGACCGGAGAAACUCCUGCAUCUCCGCUGCCACCGACGUCUCCUUCCCCAACAACACGUUGAAUCUUGCCGAUGAGCUAGCGUUGCAUGCACCAGCGGCCUCUCCGCCGCCAUCUCCUGAUACCUGCGCGUCUCGCGUUGGCAUCGAGACUCAGCUGCAGAAGGAAUGCGAGCGGCUGCACGAAUACCAUGCCGAGCUCGAAGCCUGGUCGCGGACCGCGGCGGAGCGAAACCAUCAGUGGGUCAAGACUGUUCAGCAAGAAGCGGACAGAUGGCAGGCAAUGGUAUUAGCGUGCUACAACGUAUGGGCCGAGGAGGUACGCGCAAACGUAGCGCACGUCGUUUCACAGGAACAUUAACGUGAUGACCAUUGUAUUACAUCUCUCGACGACCCUCCGGCCUCCGGCCUCCGACUGUCC